AUGGCGCGGCACGGGGGCGGACGCCACGCUAUGCCGCGCUCCGUCGCGUCCACCGCGACGCUCGCGCUCGUCGUCGUCGUCUUCGCGAUCGCGCCGCCCCCGACCGCGGCGCACGGCUCAGAGACGAACGGCGUCGCCCCCGUCCUCCUGAUCUCCCUCGACGGAUUCCGAGCGUCGUACCUCGACGCGCAGCCCGCGGCCGCGCUCCCUCAUCUGACGUCCUUCUGGCGCGGCGGCGUCCGCGCCGCGCUCACGCCGCGGUUCGUGUCCAAGACGUUCCCGAACCACUACUCCAUCGUCACGGGGACGCACGAGCGCGCGCACGGGAUCGUCGCGAACCGCUUCUGGGAUCCGUACACCCAGAGUUGGUUCACAAUGGACGCCACCGCGUCGUACUGGUGGGACGCCGCGGAGCCGCUGUGGGUGACCGCGUCGAGGGACGCGCGCGCGUCGAAGGUGUACUACUGGCCGGGGAGCGAGGCGGAGAUCCGAGGACGGCGGCCGGACGUGUGGAAGAGGUUCGAGCACGGCGUGGUGCCGUUCGAGGAGAGAGUCGACGACGUCGCGAGGUGGCUCCGAGACGCGCACGCGGCGGCGUUUCAUCAUCAGAACGGCCCUCACGGGGACGAUGAUCCGGACGGCGACGGCGGCGGCGGCGGCGGUCCGAAACCCGGGUUCCACGCGCUGUACCUGGAAGAGCCGGACGCGACCGGGCACCUCCACGGCCCGGACAGCCCAGAGGUCGCCGCCGCGGUGCGGCGCCUGGACGAAGUGCUGGGGCGCCUCGCGAGCGCCGUCGGCGACGACGCGUGGGAUCGCACCAACGUGAUCGUCGUGAGCGAUCACGGCAUGGCGACCAUCUCGCGCGAGAGGAUCGUGUACCUGGGAGACGACCCGUGCGGGCUCGACUUCUCGAACGUCGCGAUCAGCGGCGGGAACGUCGUCAUGGGGGUGUGGGGUCGAGACGCGGAGACGGGCGAGCCGACCGCGGACGCGGAAGCCGCGGCGGGCGGAUUCGACCCGGCGGCGAUCGUCGCGCGCGUGGACGCGUGUCAUCCCAACGUCAAGGCGUACGCGAAGGACGACGUCCCGGACCGGUACAAGUAUAAAGAAAACGUCCGCAUCGCGCCCGUUAUCAUCGCCGCGGACGUCGGGUGGACGCUCUGCGGGUACGAGAGCUGGGCGGGAGAGGGGGACGGACCGGGGGGGGGGGGGCGAAACGCGAGCGAUCCGUUGAACUGGGCGGCGACGCACGGCGCGUGUCGAGAGACGCAGGCGCGUUCUAUCUCACACUGGUUCCCAUACGACCGCGUUCGCGUGGUGAACGCCUGCGGGGUCGACAGCGGCGUGGACGAGUGCGGCGCGCACGGAUACGACAACGCCGCGCGAGAGAUGCGCGCGCUGUUCAUGGCGAGAGGUCCCGCGUUCCGAAGCGACGGCGUGAGGCUCGUGUUCGGAGGAGACGGCGGCGAGAACGCCGCGGCGCCGCCGAGCUGGGCCCUCCCGGACGCCGCGGACGCGGACGCGUCGACGUUCGACGCCGCGGACGCGUCUCGUUGGGAGAAGAGAACCUACGCGUUCGAUAACGUCGACGUGCACGACAUCGUGAUGCGGGCGAUGGGGAUGCGAACGGCGCCCGGUUCUAUGCUCGCGGACGGCGCGCCGCCGCCGGCGACGGACGCGGCGUUAUCCGAGGCGCUCGCCGCGGCGUUGUUCGUCCCGUCUAUGCUCGUCCCGGACGAGAAAGGCGCGUUCUAUUUCCACGCUGAGGAGGCGGUGUUGAACGCGCCGAUCGAGGUCAUCGUGUUCGCGAUCGCGUUCGGCGCGAUGGCGGUCACCGCGGGCGUACUGAAGUAUCGAAAGGCGCGGAUGGAGGUCCCCGCGCGCGGGUCCGGCGGGUCCGGAGAGGAGGGAAGAGUCGGGAAGCUGAUUCGCUCGGCGAAGCUGAAACCCCCGCGGACGCGGACGCGGGCCGGGGCGUGGAUCGAGCUCGGCGACGUCGACGUCGACGGCGACGGCGGGGAGACGCUCGUGCCGCCGCUGACGCCGACGGCGCCGCCGCCCGCGGCGGUGCGGGGAGGCCGGCGCCUCGACGGGGGGGAGAUCGAGCCCGUGACGACGGAGGACGGGUACGAGAUUCAACCGAUGACGCCGGUGUGACGCGACGCGUGCGUUUCUUCGACGUCGAUUGAACCGAUCGAUUGGUUUC